AUUGCAACUCCAAACGCUCCUCUCUGGUCACAGUGUGUCUUCACAACAGCCAAGCUGUGUGAGCGUUUCUGAAACAAUCGGGUCUUUCCCACCUUCUGCCCAUGGCUCUGUUGUGACAUCUGACGUGUUCUCGGGUCAAGGUGGAUCAUCUGCCUUGAACCCCUCGUCAAAGAAGACUGCUCUGGCAGACAGUGAGCAGGAACGUUUAGGAUCUGCAGUCCCUCGUGGAAUGAGCAGCCUUGAUGGGAAUGCUUCUGGGAAGAACACAGCCUUCAGGGGCCCUCAGACAGGAGGAAGUGUCUUUGAUAACUACAGUUGGAUGAGCGAACCUGAGCUGGUAUUUGGGAAACAGGAAUCUCAACGAGUACUGGAAGCAGUGGAAGUUUGUCAAAUGGAGCGAGUUCACCAUGGGACUGGGGCAGAGCACAUUCCUGAGGAGCCAGCAAAAAGUGACCCUUCUUCAAUUGAUUCUUCACAAGAAGAAGAUUCGUUGGAAAGAAUUAGUCCUGACUCUCCUUUUGAGGUGCUUGUCGAAAUGCAAGAGAAGGGACCUUGUGCUGAAGACACUUCAAAGUCAUUGUCCAUUGUGGAUAAGCGCAGGGUGGAUCUGAACCUGCCUCAGAAGCCUCCCCUGUUCACAGCAGGGAUUGAGACUGAUCCAUUGGGUCAAACAAUGGCCAGAACUGAAGCUGAUACAGUUGCUGCUAUUGGGCCAAAGUCCAAUUUGAAGAUAGGAGACCUUCCGCACACAGUGCCCUGCCCUCGAGCAGGUGUCCAACAGGAGAUACCUGACGGACAAAGCAGCAUCGCAGAAGGAGAUGUCUUCAGGCCAAAUGCCAUCACAGGAGGUGGGAUUUCCAUGGACAUAAUUUCCAAAAGCUUUCAACCUUCUGUCUGUGGAUCAAUGAGCAGACCACAGGAUUUGAUUCCUGGAGAUCCACUUUCUCAGCUGCCUAAUGAAAGAAAAAUGGUCUGCGGUCUUGAAAUGGACCUGGCACUUUCAUUCAAGAUGUUGAAGCCAGUAAGUGGCCCUGGAACUGAUGGACUGUCUCCUUACUCGCUUAUAAAGAUUACCCCAGAUGAGCCUGUGAACCCCUCUGUGCAAGUACCCACAUCCACCAGUGCUGGCAUCAAGACUCUGCCUGAUGUUGGGCAUGAGGGUCAGAUUGACCCUCUAAAUAGGAGCAGUGACCCCUCAGCAGAGGUACCACCCAAAGACCCAAUGGAUGAGCCACAACCUCUGAAGAAAGAAGCAAAGGAGAUUUCCCCUGGUGAGGAAACUCGCCAACUCCGUGAAGAUCCAGCUUCAACCUGGGGCAGCUCACAAUGCCCAGCCCUUGAAGGAACCACCGCCCUUGAUCAUGUUCUGUCCAUGAGAUUGGAGAAUGUGGAGGCAGACAGUUCCGGAGAAUCUGAUGACACUGUUAUUGAAGAUGUCAGGUCCAUCCCAGUGGGGACCCCCUGGUGUGGGAACGAGCAGUCAGGUGAUACAGGCACCACUGAGAAACUGGUUUUUGUGCCAUUGUUAAAUCUUACAGAGUCUAGGGAGCAGGCGGUCAGUGACAGACAGAGAGAGUCUGUGAAUCUUCAAUCCACAAGCCCUGGAGGAGAUAGGACACUGUCUGCAGAAACCAGAGGCUGUCCAGCAGAAAGCCCAGUACUGGUUGGAACUUCACCUGGGCUUGGUCAUGCAGGAGAAGUGGUGUCGGAACAAAGACCAAUACCUUCUCAAGAAGUUGUAUCUUCAGUCCGUGCAGUUUCCCCUUCCUUACCUCUGGCCACCAGUUACCAAUUAGAUGAGCAUAUGUCUACAGUGGAAGAUACUGGCAAACGUGAGCCAAGAUCUGGUUCUCCAGUCUUGCCAACCUUGUCCCAUGUGGACCAACUGCACUGGCACCCACAUGGCCUGUCUCCAACUGAUUCUCCUACAACUCAGCGGUCAGCAGACUUUCCUGUCUUCAGUGCUGAUAGCAGGGAGCAUUCUGUGGUGGAAGGUUCUUCUCCUUUACAAGAGAUGAUUCGGAGAUCAGCAGCCCAAAGGGGCCACAUUUUUGGGGAACUACAGUCUGUCUCCGUGAAACCAGCUUCACCCCAAUCGAUCAUUGUCAAAUCCACACCCAUAGUUACUGAAACCCCUACAUUUGUUGUCAGAUCAGCUAAUGGUCCAGCAAAGGCCGAGGAGGGAGUGGCUGAGGGAACACUCAAGGUUUCAGAUUCUGCGUCAGCAUCUUCAGUGGGACUAGCUGGAGUCCAACAACCAGCUGUGAAGCAGGAAGUAGCCAAUCUCAGCGCUUCAGGAAGGAGGGACACACAGAAUGAUCAAACAGCCAAGGAUGGACAGAGCUGCAUGGGGUCCGAUGAUACAGCCCAGCCCCAGUUAACCACCGCUCCUCAGGCACUGAGCAAACUAACCCUCCAGCAAUAUUCUCCCAACAAGGAGCCAGAAAGAGACGAAGGCCUGACCCCUCAUCUGGCCCAGCCCCUUGUGGACACAGCCCCUCCCAGUGACUCCAAAGUGAGACCAGAGCUGAAAUCUCAAACAGUCUCGGACCCUGUGCAGAUGGAGAGGCCUGUUGGUGGGGAGGCUUCUGAUAGGCUGAGUAAAAUGGCAGUGAAAAAUCUGAUCUACUGGCGUGACCCUAAGAAGACGGGGGUUGUGUUUGGGUCCAUUCUGACCCUGCUGGUGUCACUGGCUGUGUUUAGUGUGGUCAGUGUCUUGGCCUAUCUUGUGCUGGCUUUGCUAUCCGUCACCAUCAGUUUCCGCAUCUACAAGUCCGUGGUUCAGGCUGUGCAGAAAACCAACGAUGGAAAUCCUUUCAAGCCAUAUCUGGAACAGGACAUCACCUUGUCCUCAGAAACAUUCCAUAAAUAUUGCAACAUAGCCUUCACCCAUCUGAACCGAGUGCUGAAAUAUCUGCUGCAGCUUUUCCUGGUCCAGGAUCUAGUGGAUUCACUAAAGCUUGCAGUUCUCAUGUGGCUAAUGACUUAUGUUGGAGCUGUCUUCAAUGGGUUGACUCUCCUGAUUCUGGCCAUACUAUUAACCUUCAGCAUUCCGGUCAUCUAUCAAGCUUACCAGACGCAGAUUGAUCAUUACUUUGAACUAGUUCAGAAACAGGCAACCUGCGCUUUUGGGAAGAUCCAAGAGAAGCUUCCAGGUGCAAAACGAAAGAGCGAGUAGCAAUGGGGUACCCCCGCUCAGCGGCCUCCCCCCCCAUUACUAAACUAUAACUCUCAGUGUAUUGGAACUAAAUGCUUGCUGUCUGUCUGCUUGGGCCCACGUUCCACCAUUCCUGCUGUAGUGGACUGCUUCCGGGAUCUUGCAAUUUGCUCCAUUGUAGAUUUGUUCUUGCCUCCCCAGGACUCUCUCCCUCCACCCCCAAGUCAAUCUUGGCUGACAAGGGGGUUGCUAGUAAAUUGUGUGUCUGUUGAUCACUGGCUUAAGACAUGUUCCUUUCUGCUGCUCCUGUUUCAAUGAGAUUAUAAAUAUAUAUAUUUUCUGUUUUUUGCCCUUUUCUGAAACACACUGUCUGUAAACUGCUGUAGAAAUUACUGAGCAACAACAGGGCGGGGAUUAAGAGAGAACCAACUCCCCCUCCCCAAUUGUGUAUAUAAUUGGGGGUGCAUGUGAAAGUGUUUGUAACUGUAAUUGAACAGUCCUCGGAGAAACUGGGAGAGGAGUGUGAAAUACACAAGUGGUGGAAGAAUUUCUGAAUUGUAAGUGAUGUAUGUCUGUAGGUAGUGUGUGUGUGUGUGUGUGUGUGCGUGCGCCAUUCAAUCUGCCCCAUUCCCCCCUCCCAGGUUUUAGAAUUGGAUUUGCAAAAGUAACUGGCCACCCCCCCGUCCCCAACUGUUGUUUGAAGAGGCCACUGCGCUGUGGUGCUGGACUAAGCUUAGACAUAGUAGAACCUGCUACAUUUCAAAAAAAGAAUUCCCAUUGCUUUGAUUACACUCAAACAAGCUCCCAUUUAACUGGUUUGCUCUACUUUUAAUUGCUUCACUUCCCUCCCUUACUGUGCUUCACCAGGGCACAUGUCACAAAUGCGUGACAACCCUGUUGGCCCAAAACUCUGAUUUAAUCCACUUCCACAUCAGGGUUCAGCUUCUGACCAGGUGAAUAGGUGAGAUUGGCCUCUCAGUGGGGUGGUGUAUGUAAAUUGCAAGUCGAGGUGUUUGGCCAUUGCUUUUGCCAAAUCUAUAGCCCAUCACUGAGAGCUUUAGUGCUCUUUGCUGAGCUUUGGUUUAUCCACACAACUGCCCAAAGAUGGGGUUAGCACCCUAUCUCUUAGCUAAAGCCCUCCAUGAGUUCACAUAAGGGCAUCAGGACAUUGCUGUAGAUACACGCAGCCUGGGAUAACAUUAUAACUGCAGUUAUACCCUCCCUCCCUCCUGUAUCUUCCCAUCCCCACCCCUCCCAGGACUGGCAGUUGAGACCUGACGUUUUAACGUUUGUGUAAUGUUUCCAUAAAGCAGGGAAUUUUCUUUGGGAGCCAAUUGUGUUUUUGAGGGAGCAAACUGAAAGGGGGAAGUGUGAAUAUAACUGAGUGCUUGGAAUUCUGUGCGUGUUAGGAUUAGAUGGAACUGCUGAUGAUCAGACAAUUCCUGCAAAAAUAUUACUGUGACGUUGAUAAUUAAAUUACAUCUUUAUUGUUUA